AUGCUCCGCAGGGUUCCUGCCCUGAAUGGUCCCACCCCCACCCCGCAUCUGCCCCCGCCUUCGAACCUGCGACGGAUCCCACCCCUGCCCCCGCAUCUGCCCCCGCCUUCGAACCUGCGCCCGAUCCCACCCCGACCCCGCAUCUGCCCCCGCCUUCGAACCUGCGCCCGAUCCCACCCCGACCCCGCAUCUGCCCCCGCCUUCGAACCUGCGCCCGAUCCCACCCCGACCCCGCAUCUACCCCCGCCUUCGAACCUGCGACCGAUCCCACCCCGACCCCGCAUCUGCCCCCGCCUUCGAACCUGCGACCGAUCCCACCCCGACCCCGCAUCUGCCCCCGCCUUCGAACCUGCGACCGACCCCACCCCCGACCCCGCAUCUGCACCCACCUUCGAACAUGCGACCGAUCCUACCCCGACCCCACACCUGCCCCCGCCUUUGAACCUGCGCCUGAUCCCACCCCGACCCCGCAUCUGCCCCUGCCUCCGAACCUGCGACCGAUCCAACUCCGACCCCGCAUCUGCCCCUGCCUUCGAACCUGCGACCGAUCCAACUCUGACCCUGCAUCUGCCCCCGCCUUCGAACCUGCGACGGAUCCCACCCCUGCCCCCGCAUCUGCCCCCGCCUUCGAACCUGUGA